CAUGGUUGCAGAAAGGGACUUAUGAUCUAUUCUUGGUUUACAUAUACUGAGGUAGCAUGUUGGAACGGCGCCAGACUCAAGAAAGAAAUAUACAUGUACUACCACCUUUAUUCAUGUUUUCAUAACUUAGUCGAGACAUAGCAGCUCGAGUUUAGUAUGUCUUCGGUUGUCAGCCAAUCAGCACGCUCCAACCUCGCGGGCCGAGGUCGACGACAUCAUUGACUUGCGACUGUAUGCGAUCGAUCUGCAAGACAACAAUUAUCAAUGCCUCCAAAUGUAGCUACUACCGGGGUAGCCAUAACGAAUCCUCUUGUUUUAUAUAGAGCUCUUGUUUCAACUCAGAAGAUUAGGCCGGAUCCUGCACAAUAUCGCCUAGCUGUGCAUCUACAGAAGCUAUAUGAUAGACUGAAAGACUAUGAACCAACUGUAGCAUAUCGACAGCGACUUGAUCGCUUGAGUCGCGUGGUCGAUAGGGAGAAUGGUCAUAAUGGUCACGAUCCAGACGUCCGAGCUCCAAAGCCUCCAAAGCCGUCCAAGUCAGCGUGGAGGACUUUCCUGGAGAGAAAGGAACAGCGUGACUCUUUGGCACUUACACGGACGAUGACCAGCCAGGAAGCAGCUUUGCACAUCGACUCACCAAAAGGUCUCAUGCUUCACGGCGAAGUUGGCACUGGAAAGAGCAUGCUGAUCGACCUAUUCGCUGACUGUCUACCAACACGUAAGAAACGACGGUGGCACUUCAACACGUUCAUGCUGGAGACUAUCGCAAAGAUGGAAGAGUUACGCCGGCUUAGAUCAGCUCGAAGCCCAGUUCUGGUAGAGGACGACCAUUCCUUGAUGUGGUUGGCGCGAGACCUGAUAGAGACCUCGCCCGUUCUGUUCUUGGACGAGUUUCAAUUACCAGACAGGGCUGCUUCAAAGAUAAUGGCAAGCCUUAUGACGAGUUUCUUCCAUCUUGGUGGGGUACUCGUUGCGACAAGUAAUCGAAUGCCCGAAGAGCUGGCAAACGCUUCAGGGGUAGAAUUCGCUGCUCCGCCUACGCGUUUCGAAUCAAUAGGUCGUCGCCUAGGACUGAGGAGGAGCUCAACUCCAUCCCUGAAAGAUAGCGAGUUUGGAUCUUUCUUGGAUAUCUUGAAAGCGCGUUGUGAAGUAUGGGAGAUGGAAGGAGCAAAUGACUAUAGGAGAGCAGAAGUGGUAGCAACCACAUCAGCAGUGACCUCACUAGAAGAGCUGGACGACUUGGUAGCAGGCCACACUUCUGGUAGUAUCGGAGGGCUUGCAGAAUCAGAGCAUGAUGAUAUUCCGUCAAUGUCAGCAACAUCACCAAAAUUCUACUUCGUGAAGCCUACGUCAACCGAUUCGCCAGAUGCCAUGAUGGCAUGGGCACAAGACUUCGAAAUAGCACAGAACCUCGCUAGAUAUAACGAUAAAGAUACGAUCUGGUCCACAGGAUCAAUGCGUGUCUACGGACGUGACGUGUUUGUACCACGUCAGCAUAAUCGAACAUGUUCAUGGACAUUUGAGGAGCUUUGCACAACGAGACUCGGCCCAGCGGAUUACAUCACUCUGGCAUCAACGUACGACACAGUGAUCCUUACAGACGUGCCGAUACUCAGCCUGCAACAGAAGAAUGAAGCACGACGGUUCAUCACUCUAUUGGAUGCCUUAUAUGAAGCUCGCUGCAAGCUACUCGUUAGUGCUGCUGCCGGACCUGACGAUUUAUUUUUCCCUGAAACCAGAAUCUCAGGUCAAGCUUCACAGGAUGGCGAUGACUCAGUGAAAGAGGAUGCCGUCUACGCCGAAACUUUCUCGGAGGCGUAUCAAGACGUCACUGAGCCGUUUCGACCAAACGUGUCUAGCUACGAUGCUGCAAGCCGAUCUGAUUACGCCUACAGCCAGCGCGAUAAUGCACUCGCGGAGGAUGCUCUGGAAGAUGACCCACCGAACAAGAUCAGGAGAGACGUGUCUGGGACCUUCACAGAUGAGCGUGACUAUGAUAAUUCGCGUCCAGGACCCGAUUUCUCUCAGUCAACUGCCUUCACUGGGGAGGAUGAACGCUUUGCCUUCAAGCGUGCACGAAGUAGGCUGUGGGAGAUGUGCGGCGCCAACUGGUGGGCCAGGCAGGAAGAAGGUUGGUGGAAGCCGCUGUCGAAAGAGGUUCGACGCUGGGAGGUCUCCCAAGAAGAUAUUCGGCAAGCGCAGAGCGAACUGGCGAAAAGUUAUAUGUCAGCAGAGGAGGGGACUACUGGUACCAGAGAACCUGAUGAGAAGGAUGAAGCCCUGUUUGGAGCUGGAGGUCACAGUGCGAGCCCAUUCAGGACACACCCAGAUCCACCUCCUAAGAUCGGGUGGACGCAUGUCUGGGGAACUGUGAAAUGGGGUAAGAAGGCUGGACCAUGGGGUCAGGGGCCGGAAGGGUUGGGUGAGAGGAAUAAAGGUGGGAAUGAGAACAAGGAUAAAUAAUGUAUUAGACUGAGUAGAUACACAUACUGACUGUCGUCUC